CAUACAUACUACACGCCUGUAUCCGUAAACCUUCAUACGGUAGCCUCUCGCUGUCUGUCUCUCCCGUUUGUCGCAGAAGGUGGAUUGCGCGUUCUUUCAUCGCAACUCGGCAACGUCAAGCAUCUCAUCGACUGCGAUCACCCUCCAUCAGACUGUUUCCACUUCGGUCCCAUCUCCCUGGAUUGCGCCCUUCCCAACGCGAAACUCUCCGGCACUCGACCACACUCCAGCGAUACUCCCUCCAUCGAAGCCAUCCUCCCCCUCUGCCAGACUUCCAGUCAUUCCGAUUACUCCAGUCGUUCCCGUUGUCGCGCUCUUCGAUUUUCUCGAGGAAGCAUCUGUACUUCGCAAAACGUCUUAUCAAACUCCAACCACAUCCUGGCCGCGCUCACCACCCCUCCACGCGUCCACUGUCACUUCGCUGCGCAUUUUGCACCCUUCUCAACGGCGAUAGUCCCGGCAGCGCCACACUUUAAGCUCAGAACGCUGCGACGCUCCCCUCCCCUCCGCAGAGGCCACUCACUAGUCCCGGCGUCAUCAAGCAGCACUAGCACGCCCUCCAAGUCUCCAUCCCGGGGCCCCUUUGGUUCCUCGAGGGAAAAGGUCCACGUCGUAUCGUCCGCCGCGAUAUACCUACGGGGACCUGGAGAUCCCAGUCGAAGCUGGAAGGUACGGAUAGUCAGCCUGCACACACCUGCUUACGCCUGCGGCUUGCUUGGCUCGCCCUUGCAACCUCGACGUUCCACUCAAACAGGCCUUCUGGCGACCCGCUCCCACUCCGGCCUAGGUAUUGCUGGUCGCAGUCAAUCUAUCUGGCUGCGUGCCUGUCAGCUAGUCUCGUCGAACAAAGAGGGCUCCAUUAAUAGAAGUACAUUUAGGUAG